AGCGACUCAUUAUAUUGACUCUAGGAAAUAUUCAUCUUACAAUCAUAUCUACACCAAUGACAUUGCACUACUUGGAAGAGUAAAUGUUUCUAAACUUUUACCAAAUCUUAAGUUUUUUACAACAAAGCAUUACAAUGGCUGGCAGUGUAUGUGCUGGGCUGUGAUCAAUGUUUUAUCAACUUCGAACACGUUGAUUGGAUUGAAGGGUCAAACGCCAUGUUACGGGAGUGAAGCUCAAGUUUGCGUUCGUGGUGUUUACAUUGAUGAAAUAGUGCAACAUUGUGGUAAUUUAGAGUAUUUAUCGUCAGGAUCGGAAUCUUUUAUUCGGAGUUUUUUCUUCUCAUUUGGAGACAAUUUGAAACACUUUGAAGCUCGAGUAGAUCUCUCUAAAUUUUCUUUGUUCCCUGGGUACAGGUCUACCGAUUCUUUUGCAAAAAUAUUGGAGAAAAUGCCAAAUCUUGAAACUUUGUCUUUGUCAAAUGAACCUAAAAGUAAUUAUUAAUAUUUCGAUUGCCUGAAUUAGAUUCAUAUACUAAUUUUUUUCUCUAAUAUUUAGUCGAACCUCCUAAAUGGCCUACACCGAAAAUGAAACAGCUCAAAAUUGUGAAUCUUUACAUGGGAUCUUCAAAUCUUAAAGUUUUAUCUCUUUUCCCCGAAUUACCAAGUCUCUACUUGCGAAUUGAUAUGUUAAAAGAAGUCCAAACUUUGCCUACUUCCGAUAUUCAUCCGAGUGUCCAAGAUUUAGUAAUACGAAUCGACAAUUUCUUGAAUGAUUAUCAGUACGAUGGCGAUUUCAAAUACCCACAUUUGUUUAAAAGUAUUUUGGCCAAGUUUCCUAAUGUUAAGAAUCUUAUGAUCGAUGUUGCCUACGAAUGCAUAAGUAAUCAGUUGAUGAUCGAGAUAAUUGAAAUGUUACCCAAUUUGAAUCUAUUUGUUCAAAAUGUUUAUCAAGCCUUAGAUGAUUGGAAAGAUCCAGAUUACUUUAAUUCAGUCGAUCGACAUUUCAAGACCACUGGUCGUAGAAUCGCUUUCUACUUACUCAAGAACAAAGGAUUUGGACGAAUCAUUCGGUACUCAUUGAAUGAAGAUGUUGCCAAUCCUUUCAAAACCGAGAACCUAUUCAUCCAUAAGUAUUUCCGCAGUGAAAGACAUUCUUAUCCAUCAAUUUUCUAAUCUGGAACAAAGAUAAUCAAUGAAUAAACAAAAAGAGAAUAACAUUUCACCAAGCAAAUUAUCUGUAAAUAUUAAUAUUUGUCAUAAAGUGUAAUUUGCGGCCAUUCCUCCGUCAACCUUUAAUCCUGAACACGGAGAUUUCAUUAGAGCUAAAAUAUCGCUCGCUCAAAGUGUAAAUAGACCUUGAAAAGCGGGUACAAAAUAAACUCCACCUGAAUCUUCAACUUGA